AUGUCACCUCUUCUGAGCGCCGAACCCUUCAGCGUUCCCGAUCUGCAGAACCUCAGUAUUGGACAUAUGCUUCCUCCUUUGCGGACCGGAUACCAGGGCCCCACCAUGGUCAACGGGCAAGGCUGGUCUCUCCCAUCCGGAGCAUACACAGCCCGUCAGAUUGUCGAGGGCUGCGCACCACUACUUGAAACCGUACUGCAUCAUCUAGGCUCAUCACCCCACGAUCAACCUUCUGCUCGUGAAAUGCUUCUGGACAAUCUGGCUUCCAACCUCGCUCUCGAGACUCGCGAGCCGAGUCUUGACAUCCCCACCAAAGAUGCCAGUCGCAAGGAGUUCGCAGCUCAAGCCGUCAGGAUUGGCAAAACCAUCGUCGAUUACGCUCACGAGAAAGAGGAUGUCUCCUUCGACCCUGGCUACGUUAUCAGAAGUCCGUGUGAGGGACAUUUGCUCAAACCUGCAGUCGCGCAACUCAUGUUCGGGCCGCGAAGCCUGGGCCAUCUGAUGCAGAUAUACAACGAAGAUCUGCAUCAAAUGGUGUUGCUCCGCGACGCACUUUUGCCAUUCGAGAACUUCGACGAAGUCGUCAUCCCGAUCCUUGGUGGGAAGGAAAAGCAGCAGUUAGGCAUGAGGUUUACAGAGCCAAACCGAAUGAGCUUUAUUGCUGAGCUCAUGACAAAGUCGACGACUCAGAAGUCUGUUUUGAAGGUCGCGCAGUCCCUUCUUGCGCCAAAGUUGGCUGCAGAGAAUGUUUAUGGCUUCCAGUAUGAACACGGUCUCAUUCUGCCUGCAGCAGUCGUGGGAGGCCAGGCUCUACGUCUCCUACGCUAUAUUCCUGCUGUUGUUGAUGACAGUACUCCGGAAGUGACUUUCGAGUAUGGGUUUGCAGAUUACUACACCGCUCCUCGCAUUCAAGUCUGUCACGAGACUGAAAGAUACCAAAGCCCGGUCUUGACCAUUGAUGCCUCCCAACAGCCUGCACUCCAGAGCUACUCCUUUGCAAUGUAUGGGUAUGCAGAUCCCAACACGACGUCCCGAACUUUACACCUCCANUAUUAUUCGCAGGACGGAAAACGUCCAUCUGUGGACGUUGGACCAAUCUCUCGCGGUUGGCGCUACAGCUACAAAGCUUCUGCCAAGUCAACUCAGUCCGUCUCCAGUGCAAUCAUAGCAACGCGUCACGCUGCAGCAGAUUUCCUCGCCGAAUCUGAUUCCAAAGGCCUUGUCACCGANCGAAAAGGGGGCGUUCACCUCAUCCAAUGUAGCAAUGAAAUCGAGAUGCUGGCAUGCUUGGGAAAGAUCUAUCCUGACAACAUCGUUGUUCUUGAGGAAGGGGCGACUGUGGAAGACACAGAGGGAGUUGGACAGUCUCUACCGGGCGAGCCACGAUUCGUUCUCCAAACUAUCUGA